AUGGUGGACAAGAGGUACGCGAUUGGCAAUGACAUGAGCACCCGUUUUGAUAGGGGCACUGAGGAUGACCUCGCUCGAUCCGCUGAAGCCCUCGCUGCUUCUUUCGCCAGCAGCUUUGUGACACCCCUCAGGGCCGCCAGCGCGUCCACCGUGCUACAGGGCGUGCGUUAUGUGAGCAUCGUGGUGCCGGCCAGCACUGGCCAGGUGAUCAGCGUGGCAAAUCUGGCAACAGCAGGGCCCCUGCACAUGACCCUGCUUCACAGCAGCCAGUGCGCGGCAGGACACACCCUGCAGCACCGCUGGGCCUUCACAUCAUCCUUGUUCAGCCACUUCAAGGAUAUCCAGGCCUUCCCAGAGGCAGCGCAGGCAGCUGCGCUCAUCUGCCACCCGCUGCUAGAGCAGCUGCCAGGGACCCCCCGGAAUGCACCCAAGCCGCGGCUGCAGCGAGCUCACAGCGCCCCUGUCUUGCUGCAAAGGGCUGCCGAGCAGGAAAGAGCACCCGCCACACCAGCAGGUGUACACAGGAAGGGCUCGCUCGCAGCCGGUUUGGAGCUAGAAGCACGUGAGCCAGAUUUUGACUGCGGCGCCGGAUUUUCGCGGCUGCCGAGACUUGACGAGGAGCCCGUCAAGCUGCCAGUCAUUGGCGCUCUGGUCCUGGGCUUGGACACAAACAAACCGCCCCCCAAGAGGCGGGUGGAACAGCUGGCGGCUCUGUUGGCCCCCCUGAUAGCGCCGCUGGCCGGCCGGGCCGUGGACAUAGCAUCGGCCGCCUAUUUGGCGCGCACACUUUCCCGGCAGCCUUCGGAGCCCUGGCAUGCUCCUGCCAGUACCUCGCCUGACCAGAGGGCCCCUUCAGGCGAGGAAAUUUCCACCGGUGGCAGCGGCUCCAGUGGGAUCAGGCGCAUGGCAACUGAAAGCUGGAUCCUCAGCAUUGGGGAGCGUGCGCUGCUGAGGCAGCUGCUGAACAACGCGUCGCUGACUCAGCGCAGCAUCAGCGCGCUGCCGUGGCGCGGCGACAGGUCACCGAUGAUGUCACCGCUGAUGUCAUCCAUGGACGUCGCCAGCCGCCGCGACUCCAGCUCCUCAGAAUUUACCUUCACCCCCUGCAUGCCCCUCGUCGACUCCCCUACAGGCUCUCAGAGGCUCCAAUCGCCGCCUCACGGCAGCGUCCAGCGCGCGCUCUCGGCAGAACCCGGGGGGCCCGCUGGGAUCCCCCGCUCGCAGCCGCAGCCAAUCCCGGCCGGAGAGCCGCCGCGCGGCUUCUUCGCGGAUGACAGCAGCUGCCCCGCAGCUUCCCCGGCAGCUUCCGGCCGAACCAUCCUGCUCGGCGAGGAGAGUGUAUCUUCAGCCGCCAACCAAGUCGAGAAUCCGUUUGCCGGUGCCGGGGCGGCCCCGGCGGGGGGGUCGCCCCCCGGCACACCGCCGACGUGGAGCGCGGCCACCGCCGCGCGGUGGGGGCACCCGGCCCCCACGACAGAGGGGGGCACCUCCCCACGGAUAGCCACCGGGUCCCCCACACCCAGGGGGCCCACGCCCGAAACCUGA